AUUGAGCAAGUCAUUGCCGCCGGCAUCGUCGUCGCAGCACCAUGUACGGGACGUGGGGUAACAAGAAGAAGACACUGGACAGCACGGCGCCGUUCCGCUAUUCAGUUGUGAAGGGAGACACGCUAAGCAGCAUCGCGCGCAAGACCAAACAGGGCGAGCAGAAGAUCCGGGAGCUGAACCCCAUGGUGUUUUGCGGCAAGAACACGACAGUGUACCCAGGCCAAGAACUGAUCGUGGAUGAACCGUUAGCAGUGUCGUUGCCGCCCCCACCAGAGCUCAUCGACCACGGUUGGGGUCAAAUGCACGUGGUGCGGUCGGGCGAUACAAUCAAGAGCAUUGCUCUCGAGUACAACACAACGGAAGAAUUCAUCCGCAGCGACAAUCGCCAGUACUUUCCUCAAGGCGAACGAGGCAUCCUUUUCCCAGGGCAAAUGCUGCAUAUUCGUGUCGUGAACACGUUGCAAACCGACGAACGUGUGGAUCGACCUGGCGACAUUGUUCAUGUGGUCGCUGCCGACGACACGUUCGAGUCCGUUGCAGCGACAUACCACACGACCCGCGCGCGCAUCGUGCUCAAGAACAAGUCGACAUUCCCCAUCGGACAGAAGCCUCGACUGGAGCCUGGGAUGUCGCUGAUCGUCGGACACAACUCGGAGAUUGAAGACCGACUCAAGCGCAUUGGUGAAGUCAAACUGACCAAGCAGAUCCACGAAGUCGCGUACGGAGAAACCCCCGAGAGCAUUUGCGAGCUCUAUGGCAUGACAAUGGAUGAAAUGCGCGAGUACAACCGCGCAUACUUUCCCAAAGGGUACCGUGGCGACAUUCGACCGUCGUACAAGUUGGUCGUGAAGCGGCAGGACUCGACCACCUCCUUUGACAACCAAGCAGAGGAUGUGGUGGAUUCGCCCGUGGCGAAAGCCGCGACGAAGAAGGACAAGAAGCGGUCGAAAAAAUCAUCCAAACACCACACGACCAACCAAGACACUGAUAGCAACCACGCCAGCGACACCGAGUAACCAUAUUAAUCGAAUUCUACAUCACGAA